CUCACAGUGAAGUCUGCGUACUAUGACACCGAACGCAUUGGCGUCGAUCUCAUCAUGAGGACACGUUUUAGCCCCAACCGGGUGAUUGGACUCUCAAGUGACCUACAGCAAGUGGGAGGGGCCUCAGCUCGCAUCCAGGAUGCUCUGAGUAUUGUGCUGCAGUAUGUUGAGGAUGUGCUGUCUGGAAAAGUGUCUGCUGACAACACUGUGGGCCGCUUCUUGAUGAGCCUGGUUAAUCAAAUACCAAAGAUUGUUCCUGAUGACUUUGAGACCAUGCUCAACAGCAACAUCAAUGACCUGCUGAUGGUAACCUACCUGGCCAACCUCACCCAGUCACAGAUUGCCCUCAACGAGAAACUUGUAAACCUGUGAAGGAGCCCCAAGAGGCUCUUGUGCUGGUCUUGGUUUCCACCACAGGACUAGGCUGAAGUGGAGG